GGAGAACCAGAAGAGGACGAGUCAAAAGAGAAGUGUCAAGGUGAUUCAUUUGGGAAAUUAUAAAGAAACCAGACACUGCCGUUCACAGGAAUAAACACCAUCAAGACAAAAUAUGGCCGAGAGUCCAAAAGGCAGCUCUGGUGACUUUGCUAAAAAAGUCCAAAGACAGCUGAGCAGAAGCAAAGAAAAGGUACUGCAAAGGCUGGGAAAGACCGUGGAGAGCAAAGAUGAGGAAUUCGAACAUUCUCUCCAGCAGUUUAAUGACCAGCAGACUGAUGGGAACCGAAUGUACAAGGACUUGAGGAACUACAUUAAUGCAGUUAGAGAUAUGCGUGAGGCUUCAAGACGCCUUUCCCAGUCUCUGUUUGAGUCAUAUGAAACUGACUGGGCUGGGGAGGAAGAUUUAGGAGCCAUUGUAGAGGGGGAGGACCUCCUGUGGAAUGACUACGAGGUGAAGCUAUCAGACCAGGCCAUAUGCACCAUGGAGUCCUAUGUGAGCCAAUUCCCAGAUGUCAGGGAGAAAAUAGCCAAAAGGGGAAGAAAACUGGUGGACUACGACUCUGCCCGUCACCACCUGGAGGCACUGCAGACUGCAAAGAAGAAGGAUGAUGUCAAGAUAAACAAGGCAGAAGAGGAGAUGAAUGCUGCCAAAAGUGUCUAUGAGAGAAUCAACAAUGACUUAAAAGAAGAGCUGCCUGCACUCUAUGAAAGCCGUAUUGGAUGCUACGUCUCAGUCUUCUCAGCUCUAUCAAAUUUAAGAGACAUCUUCCAUAAGGAAAUGAGCACGCUCAAUCUUGAUCUGCAGAAUGUGAUAAAGGAGCUGCAGGCUCAGCAUCCGGACAAAGUGUUUGCUGUAAAGGGACUGCAACGGUACGGCUCCCUGAAGAGACGAUCUCUGAUAUCCCCUAAGGCCUGGAAAGCCAGCUUUUCUGAGUUUCACAGGAGCUAUAGUCCCAGACCUGGCCAGAGGUUUAGUUUCAGGUCCCCGGACAAAUCUCGCCAGGGUACUCUGUCCAGAGAGAGCAGCACCCUUACGGUCUCCCCGCAAUCGCCUCUUUCGGAGAGCCCCACCUCUGAGUCCAGGGACCUGGAUGCAGAACCGAGCCACAGUGAGAUCUCAUCUGCAGAAGAAGACACUGCAGCAGGGACGGCUAGAAAUGAGUUGGGAGAAGAUGGCAAUCAGGUGGAAGAGGAGGACAAGAAGGAAGAGGAAUCUGAGCCUAAGCCACCUGCAGAGUCUGAGAAUAAGGGAGACGGUGAGAAAGCUCCACCAAGUGAGAGCAGCUCUGAACUGAACAACUCCUGUGAUUCAGAGAGCUUGGAUAUCCAGCUGGCAGCAGCAGCUGACGGCCCGCUGCACAUUGAAGAAAGAGAAGACAGCCCGGUAGCCUUCAACCCUCCUAAACCAAACGGACUGGAGAAUGGUGAAGUUUCUAAGGACCUGAGCGUUCCUCACAAGGAUGCUCCUGCAGAGAAACAGGCAACUCCGGACUCAAAAAGCACAACGGUUUAAUGUAUUCAAACUUUAACAGAAGAGAAGCACAUAAGAGAUUGAAGUCAACAGCUGCACAAGAGGGAAAAAAUGUGGAGACAGCCGCACUGAAGUGUCCAACUGUGGUGUCAUGAAUGAUGCGCUGUGCAUUGACGCGUUAGUGCUAGUAUUCUUAUUUAUCUUUUAUUGAAAUCAGCUGUGAAUAGACUACACAGUAUGGGUAAAUCUUAAUCUGUAAUAUUUUUUUAACAGCAAUGCUUUAUCUUAAUUAUCCUCUCAAAAAAGUAUAGAUACAUGUGUACAGCAGGGUGAGUUUGUCAUUUUUGGAGCAAAUGUUGUCCUACAGAUUCCAUUAUAUUCUGCAUCAGACAGGUUAUAACCAGAUAAGUUAUCUCAUGUGUGUAAUGUCAGCAAACACACAUGCACUUAUAGGUUUACAAAACUGUCCUGCAGUAUAGAUCAACGUAUGCAGACAUACUGUACUGUGGUCUCAGUUUAGAAAGGAACUGAGAUCAACUCCACUCUCAUGUAACCACAUAACCUAAAGACUGAACGUAAAUAGAAGUCAAUGAUUUUCUUUUCUUCUAUUUCUAUCUAUUUUAUUUCUAAACCAGUUUUGUUGGCAGGGAUUCAUUUUUUGAAUCUUUUAAUCUGUUGCACUCGCACAAAGAUGUGAUCUGUUAAUUAGUUGUGCACAGAACAGAUAAAUCACUGUGUAAUUCUGAAAAUUUUUUGUUUCACAUUUAUACUCAUUUGUUUGAUUUUAAUUAUUUACAACACACACACCCUCAAGGGUACAGCUAAUAGAUGGACGUCUGUAUAAAAUAAAUGAUGGAAUUUAAAACUGAAUUGAAUUUAAUAUUGUGUCAAAAGCUGUGGAUGCUUCUCUGCCAAUGGAGAUUUAACAUGAUAGUGACAAAAACAGCGAUCUCUCACUCAGCCCACAUUUCUCAGCUCACUUCAUUAUGAACACAACAUAACACAAGAAAGCUAUAGAGAUAUGUCUUUCUGCUUUAAUGGUUAUUAAUUUAAAGCAUUUAAAAAGUUUAUUUGUACCAAAUUCCCCCUAAAAAAUGAAAACAUUGAAUUAAAACAAUGAAUUCUAGAGCUAAAACGGCUAAGAGAUGAUAAUAACAAUAUUUGUAUAGCACUUUUCAGUUACAAUGUGUUUUACAGAACAAGAUGUCUUUACUAGAUUAGUUUGAUGAUAUAAAAUGUGUUUUCACUUACACUUACAUUCAUUACGAGAGGAAGACAUCAGAUGUGUGCUUCCUGAAAUUUGUCGAGGUCUAUUGUCCCCACUGGCUCUCACUUCUUGAAUUGUAACAACGAGGAUCUCUGUUAUGGCGGCCAGAAUCAGGACACAGAAACCACUUGCUGAUCUUUCUGAUUUUAUAGGUGACGGUGAUAAACCUGCUUCUCUGUGAAAUACGAACUCAAAUGUGGCACCAAGUGUGUGACAAAGGUGACGAUCGAGGGGAAACACAGACGUUUUCAAAGACAGCAUUCAAGCAGGAUGAAGCAAAUUUAAAUGUUUGAACCCUUUCAAAUCUUUUCAGUGUGUGGAUGAUUAUUUCCCUCUGAUGAUCUCUGCAGCUGUCACACUGUCAGCUUGAGAAACAACAUUGUGUGUGGAACAGAAAGUGGGUGGACUUUUUUUGGAAAUAUUUGUUGAUUACACAAACAGAAAAGAAGGAGAGCUAGUUUGUGUUUAUGCCCGGGCAUUAUCUAGUAGGCUAAUAAGACGUUAAAUUAAAUUCAUGGAUAGUUGAUUUGUUACAAAACCAAGAAGCCUUCUGCAGGCUUCCUCCAGGAUAACAGAAGUAUUGACUUGUUGGCUGAAUCCAAAUAGAAAAGGUGGUGCUAACACUUUAAAGGUUUACCAGCUGUAAUUUGACAACAACAUAUCUUAUGUCAUGCAGGCACAGCCAAAUAAGGGGGUGGCACCAAGUGGCCUUAUGGAAAAUAUGUUUGACCCAAAUUUAAAAGUCAGUAUAUCUCAGCCUCUCAGCCACAGAUUUUGAUCCUUCAUUUUUACUCACUGCCAAAGUCCUUCAACUUUAUGUACGCGUAAUACUAAAUCGCUGAGCUACAGGUAACCUUUAGCAUUCAGACAAUAUUUCAUACAAGAAAAAGAAAAAUGUGCUUAUCAAGAUGUUUACUUUUCGUCGCCUCCACAAAAUCCGGUUGAGCCAAAAUGAUGAAGCUGAAUUAAUCAUCAACUAUUUUGAUAACUGACUUCUUAAAAUCCAUAAUGCUUAAAUUUAACAUUCUCACAUGUGAAUAUUUGCUGGACUUAUCACUCUUCUAUGAUAUUAAAGUGAAGAUCUUUGAGGUUUUGGACUGUUGGUUGGAUAAAACAAGUAGUUUUGGCUUUGGAAGCUUAGUUAUUGAUUUUAGAUGUGUGAAUAAUUGAGAAAAUAAUAGCCAAAUGAAUUGGUAGCUAAUGAAAGUAGUUAUUUUGUAUCCUUACUGUAACGAAUCAUUAUCAAAUGCAUAAAUCUGCCCUUUAACGAACCAUAACAAGACUCCUCGUCGACUGAACUGGACUGGCUCAGAGAGGUCACCCACAAUAUGUGGCUCCACAGUUCACUUUUAGGGAAUUCGGAAACCAUUUAUAGAAUAUAUUUAAGAUAAGCUUUAGCUGCCACGCCCUCCUAAAUGUAACUCCAAAUGUAGUAAUUAAUAGUUAAUUAUUAUCUUGUAUCUAUCUCUGCCUUUGUACCUUUGUAGCCCAUCACAAUGAGGUAGCCUUUACUUUGUGCAACUGCCUGUUUGUUAACAUGUUUGUGUGUAUAAACUGCAUCACAGACACAUGGUUCAAAUGUAACAACGCUAAAGGGAACACUCUUUCACUGCUGAUGGGGAUGUAAUGUGGUCAGAAGACAUGAUCAGCCAGAUAACAAAACUGACAAUCCCUUGUCUGUCUAAGUUAUAUAUUCUGGGUAUUUAUCCAAGCGACGUUAUUGCUAAGAAGGAUGACUGUGCAUUAAUAGAUUUGUGUCUUUUACAAGCUAAAAGAGCAAUAGCACAUUC